CGGUUAUUUCAAGCACUGCUCUGGCACUUCGUCUCGAGCUUCCAAUGCGCAUCCUUCCUACACAUCGUUUCACUCCCAUCUCUCUUUAACUUUCAAUUAUUUCUCAUCCAAUUGUUAUAAACAAAUUGUCAAAAACAAGUAAAAACUGAAAAUUUCCCUUCAAUUUAAAGGAUUUUUUUCAAUUUAUCACAAAAAAAAAAUUGUGGACUUGAAAAAACACUUUUGUUUACAGUGUCAGUGCGUGAACAGUGUCAAUCAACCCUUUAAUUCCAAGGAUUAAAAAAACCUAAAACUUGUGUCUCAAAACACAAAAAAAGUGGAAUUUAAAAAAAAUUGUUUCAGUGAAAAAGUGUAAAGUGUACUUUCAAAUUCUAUGGGAAAAAAACAAAAGGUGAAUAAAAAUUUGCAUAAAUAAAAUAUAGGUAACGGAAGUAGUGUUAAAAAGACGUGUGGCGGGAAGAUUCGUGCUAAAAGGCGCCGGGGAUUUAUAACGACGGGCGGCCUGAAAUAACAACCAGAGGGUGCAAGCUGGAAACAGUGAAUCAGCACAGCAUCCAGUGAGUGAAUCUCCUGACGUGCAUCGACUCCAAUAAUGCUUAAUCAUUUUGCCAAUAAUUAAUAAAAAGAGAAAAAGAAAUCUCCCAACGUUUACCAAUUUACACAAAUUCUAAGGAACUCUAAAAACCUCUAAAGCCAAAUUACAAACAAAUCAACAUUCAGGAUCAUUUUUGAGAAAAACCAGAAGCUCAACAGCACUUGGAACAUAAUUUUCCUUGGAAAUAAUUCAACGAUCGAAGAGAGACUCAUGUCGCGUCGACAUUAGCCAUUGUUUCGCCGAUUGACAGGAUGGACGGGAUGAAGGCCACCAGCUGUUUUGUCCUAGGAAUCUUCGUGAUCCUGCUUUUUGGGACAAUUCAAGGACGGCUCAUUCGACUAGAAGUACAAAAUCAGAAGGAAACAGUAUUAAUUCAUGAAAGAUUACACCUACGAUGUGAAGCAACACCGGAAGCAGAAUCGAUAAUUUGGUACAAGGACGGUGAAAUCCUAAAGGGAAAGAUGAUGAGAACUCGUAUUUUAAGACAGAGUUUGAAAAUUCGUUCGGUACGUAUGGAGGACUCAGGGAACUAUAGUUGUCGAUUCAAUUCAGAUCAGCACGUCGAAUGGCGUAACAUAUCAAUUCAAGUGAAGCAGUACCAGAAUUACGACUAUCAAGACGACAAGGAGACACUGGGAAAUGUCCAAAGUGCCUAUGCACCUGAGGAAGAAACCAAUGAACUCGACAUUGAAUCCAGAAGAUUACCAGAAGCGCGCUCCCUCUAUCUAGACACUGAAUUCGAGAAUUCAAAAAUCGAAUACGAGCGAGAGGAGAAUGAGGACGUGGGUGAGCAUAAUCAAACGGAACCCGAGAGUGCGCCAUCAUUUAAUAAAAAUGAGGAAAUGCAGGAUUUAAUUGUUAAACCAACGGGAAGUACACUGAGACUGAGAUGUCCAGCUGUUGGCAAUCCUCGGCCAAAUAUCACGUGGUGGAGGAAUAAUGACGAGCCGACAAAACCUCUAGGAGUUAUUAGAAACAGAUGGACUCUCAAGUUAGAGAAUAUUGCCCUGCAAGACGCUGGAAACUAUACCUGCCAAGUCUGCAACAGUUUUGGAUGCAUCAAUCACGUCUUCAAAGUCGACAUUAUUGAAGCCAUCGACAGUUUCUCGGAGUCGGAUGCAGAUAAUGAAAAAUUGGACAACGAAAAAGAUGGUAGUCCGGGUGAGCAUAAUAAAACCUUACCGGAAUGCCCGCCAAUGUUCAAUAAAAACGACGAAAUGCAUGCAACAGUUGUAAAACCGGCCGGAAGUAUGUUGCGCCUUAGGUGCCCAGCUGUAGGCAAUCCGCAACCAAAUAUCACUUGGCUAAAGAAUAACGAGGAGCCCAAGAGGACUUUGGGAACGAUAAUAAUGGUCAAGUGGAGUCUGAGACUCGAGGAUGUUGUUAUUCAAGACGGCGGAAAUUAUACCUGCAUCGUUUGCAACAACCUCGGUUGCAUCAAUCACACUUUCAAAGUCGAAAUCAUUGAAACUGUGAAACAUCGACCAAUCCUGACUGUAGCGCCGGCAAAUACAACUGUCUUAAUUGGAGGCAACGCUACUAUGAACUGUCAAGUACUUUCGGAUGCUCAUCGUCAUCUCGAGUGGUAUCACGGCUACCAUACUGAUCUUGAAAACAUCAUCAAAACCAACCAAAGCUUGCGGGUCGAGGUUAAGAAUGGAAUGGACCACAAUCCAGAAGUUUUGACUCUCAUCAACGUGACCGAGAAGGACGAGGGUUGGUACACUUGCAUUGCACAAAACACGCUCGGCGAAACUUUUAGCAGCGCCUAUCUCCGAGUUGUCGACUCUUUGGAGGAAGAAAUACGAGUUCCCUUGACCGCAAGAUCACAAUCGUUGCUGGUAAAUGUUCUUGCCGCAGUGCUCAUUGUAUUCUUUGCAUUUGGAGGUAUUGUGGUUGGCUACAUUUACCACAGACUCAAGAGGGAGAAAAUGAAAAAAUUACUGGCAAUCGAGACAGCGAGAGCUGCCGUUGUUACACAAUGGACGAAAAAAGUGAUCGUUGAGAAGCAAAAUCUCGUUAAUGCUCAGAACGUUCAGGAACCACUUUUAAUGCCCGUUGUUAAAAUCGAAAAACAAAAAUCAACCGUAACAACCGAGGACAGUAAUGGUGGAAGUAUCUCCGAAUAUGAACUUCCACUCGACAGCGCUUGGGAAUUGCCACGAGAGCAUUUGGCACUCGGCAAUACUCUCGGUGAAGGUGCUUUCGGCAAAGUCGUCAGGGCUCAAACAAAUACCGGAAAACCCGGAAUUCCCAGCAUUGUGGCUGUUAAAAUGCUCAAAGAGGGUCAUACAGAUUCAGAAAUGAUGGACCUAGUAUCCGAGAUGGAAAUGAUGAAAAUGAUCGGCAAACACGUGAACAUAAUAAACCUCCUGGGAGCAUGUACUCAAGGAGGACCACUUUACGUUGUCGUUGAAUUUGCACCGCAUGGAAAUCUUCGAGACUUCCUGCGCGAUCACCGACCGUCGUCAGGCUACGAGCUCACGAUAAGUGAUGACCAAAAAGAAAAGAAGACAUUAACGCAAAAGGAUUUGGUAUCAUUCGCCUAUCAAGUGGCGCGUGGAAUGGAGUACCUGGCGAGUCGGAGGUGUAUACACAGAGAUUUGGCAGCGAGAAAUGUUCUUGUCAGUGAGGAAUAUGUCUUAAAGAUCGCUGACUUUGGUCUCGCGCGAGAUAUUCAUUGUCACGACUACUAUCGAAAGACGACGGAUGGCAGGUUGCCAGUCAAAUGGAUGGCACCAGAAGCUCUCUUUCAUCGAAUCUAUACCACACAGUCCGACGUCUGGUCGUACGGAAUUCUGUUGUGGGAAAUAAUGACACUUGGAGGUACGCCCUAUCCCUCAGUACCGUCAGUAGAAAAGUUGUUCCAAUUAUUGAGGACGGGUCACCGAAUGGAGAAGCCACCCUGUUGUUCGAUCGAAAUAUACAUGCUCAUGAGGGACUGUUGGAGUUACCAACCAAACGAGAGACCAAUGUUUGGAGAAUUGGUUGAAGAUCUCGAUAGGAUAUUAACCAUAACUACAAACGAGGAAUACCUCGACCUGGGACUUCCACAACUCGACACACCACCAUCAAGUCAAGAAUCAAGCGAAGCUGAUGAUGAUGACGACGAUGACGAUGGCCAAGAAACAUUUUCCUACUUGUUGUGAGAAUUAUAAAAGUCGAAUUGUGAAAAUAUUCUAAAAAACGUUAAAAUCUAAAAACCUUCAUUAUCCCAACGAGAGAAAAAACUGAAAAGGAUGAAACUAUCGAACAAAAAAAGAAGGAAAAUCAAUUAGCCAUCCAACUAUCAAUUCUGAUAAGUUAGGACAAUUAAUGCUAAUUAAUUAAUCGACUGACAUAAUGAACACGCCAAAUAAUACAAAUCAGUAUUGUCCAUUAGCGCGUACUUUAUAAUAAAUUUAAGAGCAUUAUGCGAAUAGGAGAAAAAAUAAUAUUGUACUAUUAGGAACAAAAAGAACAAAUUUUUUUCCAACAAUAAUGAAAAAUUUUGUAAAUUUUUUACUUAAAAAAA